CAGCUUCACAGCCGGCUAGCAGCCAGCCUUCUGUUGCCUGACAGCUCGGCUCCUACAGACUUCUUCUCAUCGACUCAGCGCCUGUUCACUGGGUUGGAAAUAAUUUACUAGAUAAGUUAAUCAUUUUUAUUCAGAUUAAGUUGAAAAUGUCGCUCAGGCCUACUUAUAUUGUUUUACGAGUUAGCAUAUUUGCCAGCUGUUAGCGUAGCCAACGACGAGCUGGCAGGGUUCCUCCCAGCACUACGAGCUGAAGCUAGCUUCCUUCUUUGUUUACAUGCAUUCUCAUCAUCCGAGGGGCUCUGUGGUUCCGAUUUGGUCCUAGCAGGACUGGAUCCUCAACAGAAAAUCCAGGGUAGAAAUGUGGAAAUUAGGAGGUAGCCCAAACUGUUCUAUUUACCUUUGUAAAAAAAAGAGGAUGAGUUGGGCUGAAAGGGAGAACAGCUGGACUGUUUGACAUUGCGUGGGCGGAGAGCAGGAGUUUACUUGUUACCAUUAAAGCUAAAACCACACGAGGAGACCUGAAGCCAUCUGGAAACUGGGCCACUCUUCUUGCACCACGAUGAUGCUGGAGACACUUGUGAUAAUCAGUCUUCUUGGUUGCACGCACAGUCAGGAGACCCAGAGCAUGACCCUGGAGGAGAAGACCAGCAUCAGGCACCAAAUUAUUGAAAUGUUUGACCACGCUUAUGGCAGUUACAUGAAACAUGCCUACCCUGCUGAUGAGCUGAUGCCUUUGAGUUGCAAGGGGAGAGUCCGUGGACAAGAGCCAAACAGAGGGGACAUAGACGACUCCUUGGGGAAGUUUUCUCUCACACUGAUCGAUACACUCGAUACCCUGGUGGUGUUAAAUAAGCUUGAAGAGUUUGAGGAGGCAGUGAGGAAGGCUGUGUCGGACGUACGGUUCGACAACGAUGUGGUGGUGUCGGUGUUUGAGACCAACAUCAGAGUUUUAGGUGGGCUGCUGGGGGGACACGUUAUGGCUGAUCUGCUGAAGCAGCGUGGGGAGAAGAUGCAGUGGUACCAUGACGAGCUCCUACACAUGGCUGUAGAGCUAGGCCAUCGAUUACUUCCUGCCUUCAACACCACAAGUGGCCUUCCCUUCCCAAAGGUGAAUCUGCGGUAUGGCAUCGUAAACCCACUUUCCCGUACGGGCACGGAGUCGGAUACCUGCACGGCAUGUGCUGGCACAAUGAUCCUGGAGUUUGCUGCUCUCAGCAGACUGUCAGGAGAGUCUGUGUUUGAGGAACAUGCCAGGAAGGCUCUGGACGUCCUCUGGGAGAGACGACAAAAAGGAAGUGACCUGGUGGGGACUGUCAUCAAUAUUCACAACGGAGAAUGGGUCCGGAGAGAGAGCGGGGUUGGUGCAGGAAUCGACUCGUACUACGAAUAUCUGAUGAAGGCCUACAUUCUUCUAGGAGAUCAUGUUUUUCUGCAGAGGUUCAACACCCACUACAGCGCCAUAAUGAAGUACAUCAGUCAGCCUCCCCUGCUGCUCAACGUACACAUGCACAACCCCACUGUGGGUGUUCGUAGCUGGAUGGACUCUCUGCUCGCGUUCUUCCCUGGAUUACAGGUUUUGAGAGGUGAUCUGAAACCAGCUAUUGAAACCCACGAGAUGCUUUACCAAGUCACCAAGCAGCACAAGUUCCUUCCAGAGGCUUUCACCACAGAGUUCAGAGUUCAUUGGGGUCAGCAUCUCCUGAGACCAGAGUUUGCAGAAAGCACCUACUACCUCUACAAGGCCACCGGUGACCCGUACUACCUCAGAGUGGGACAGUCCAUCGUGGAAAAGCUCAACACCUAUGCCAGGGUGCCUUGUGGGUUCGCUGCUGUGCAAGAUGUCCGCACUGGGACACACGAAGACAGGAUGGACUCGUUCUUUCUGGCUGAGAUGUUUAAGUAUCUGUACUUGAUGUUUUCGGAGAAGAGCCAGCUGCCCAUUAAUAUUGAUGACUACAUCUUCACCACAGAGGCCCACCUUCUGCCCGUCACUCUCUCCAUCACUCAGGCACCUUCUCAAGCCAACGCUACGGAGGACACUUCUGUUUCUCAUGAUGAAGAUCUGUUCACACACUCUUGCCCCAGUAUGGAGACGUUGUUCCCCAACAACCCCUCAUUUGCCAAAACCAUCAGGGAUGGCUACAAGUACCUCACUGGUGUGGGACGAGCCUUGCACUCUCUACCUGUCAGGGAAAUCGAGCUACCGCUCCACGAUAAUGGCAUUGAACCCAUGGAGUUUCUGAAGAGCAUGGGCAUCUCACUCACUUCUCUGAAAGAGAUGACUUUAGGAGACCCCACAACCCAAAAGGAGCAGAAGGGAGUGUACCGGGUCAGGAUUGUUGCAGAAGUAGGAGCCACACCAGAAGAGGAGGCGGUGGUACCACAUGUUGUUCAGCUCAUAUCUCCUCCGUUCCUGGGCAGGACCGUUCUCACCGCGGGACCGGCCAAGUUUGGAAUGGACCUCACUAAGCAGGAGCACGGGGUGAAGGGCAGCAUAGUGAAAGUGUCGCCCUACACUGCGUGUGGGCCGGUGGAUAACGCAGCAGAGCUUAAAGGCCGCAUCGCUCUGGUGCUGCGAGGUGACUGCAUGUUUGCUGCAAAAGCUCGAUGGCUGCAGCAGACCGGAGCCAUAGGAGUCAUCUUCAUUGAUCAUCGCGAGGGAAGUAACAGCGAUGAAACGCCCCUCUUCCAAAUGGUUGGGGACGGCGACUCCACCGAAGACAUCACGCUGCCUUUAGUUUUUCUGUUCAGCCGUGAGGGGGCUGUGCUCACAGCCGCGCUGGAGGAGCAUCACAACGUGGAUGUGCUGCUGCUGCCGAAGGAGAGGCAGCUGGGGCACGACAAAAUGGAGGAACCCAUCAGCAUGAACAUAAAACUCCUCCUGACACAGGAGGGGGAGAUGGAGGAAAUCUCAGCCGGAGGUCCCACAUUACAGUUUGUUUUGGAGAAUGAAGAGGUGUUUAGUAAAGAAGAGCUCAUUGGGUCAGAGCAGCAGGAUGGCAGAACCCAACCGUGCUCAGCAGACUCUUCACAAAGCCUGAACUCGAACGCUGGACCAGAAACAUGACCGGUGCCGGUUAGUGAUGCAGGCGUGUGUCCAAACACUGGUAGGGAGUUGCACGUGGCCCAGAUCCACCUGCACCUCAAGCCCUCAUACAGAAAGGAAAAGCUGCUGUUACCGUAGCAACAGGUUCGUGGUGAUGAUGGAACAGAAUUAAUCUCGCCUUAGAGAGAAGCUAAGACUAGCCAACGGAAAUUAUGCAAUGACUUUGUUGUUUUUUUUUUAUAACUAUAUCGCACCUUUUUACUGUGAUGAGUGCUGUUUAAGUAUUCAUUAAAUUA